AUGCACCCGCUUCCUCCUCCAAACAGAGGUCCAUCCUCCCAGCUUCCUCCGUCGCGCACUCCCACGCCGUCGAGAACAGAUGCUUCCUCAUCGGCUCUACCCCAACCUUCGACGCAAAACACGGAAGGCAGCAAAAAAAAGAGAAAGCACAGGGGCGGCAAAAAGAGGAGGACUCGCCGCCAGUCGUUUAUUGCGCCGUCAGAAACAUCUGCUAUCCAGAGCGUUGGCGAUAGACUGCACGAGGAUCCCUUGAUUGAAGAGUCCCAGCAACAAGUCUCGGCUAGACAAUCUUUCUACAAGAACCCGAAGGGGAAUCUAAGUGGUGGGAGCGUGGACAGCGAGGCCCUUCUGGACCACAGAGCACAGCCAACUCUCCGGCCCAGAAGAGACAGCAGACUAAACACCAAUCUCUUUGCGACGUCGUACCGUACUGGUGCCUUCGCUAGACCAGAUGCCCUUACGCGGAGGCGGCAUCGCAGUCAGCAGGACACCACAAGUCCGCCUGGCUCGGACUAUGAGGAGACCGAUGAUCGAACGCCGUUGAUCGCGAGCGAGUCGCAGAAGAAGAACGUGGGAGAGAUUGGGUACGGCCUUUUCCGAAGAAAGUCACACGCUUCAAGCAUCUCGUCCUCAUCGAGGAAACAGAGGAAGCGGCUGAAUGUCAAUGGCAGCUCCUAUCCCAAGGGUGAUCAAGACUACGAUGUCAACAAUCCCCCCUCGGUGCCUCCGAGUCCGACACUCGACCCACAGUAUGGCGAUGUGAUGAUCCAUGACGGAAGCUUUCUCACGCGGUCCCCUGACAAUCGAAGGUCCACGCAGGACGUGAGCAAGGAUGUCUUGAUUGAUAUUGAAAGCGAUGGAAAACAGGACCCCAACUCUGCACCACCAAGCCCUCGGCUGCGGCCUGAAGGUAUUUCGCGCCAUCUGAGCGUCGAGGGUGACGUCUGCUUCCCCGGAGACGAGGUCUCGGAGGCUGGUGACUAUUACAACAACACUCACACGACUGGGCCUCCUGUUGGUGGCGGACGGAGAAGACGUCGAGAGCGGGAGUGGCCUCAAUUGUGGGUGCUCGAUGAAUGGAGUCGCAUCGAAAAGGAAGAGAGAGCUGCAGGUGAGCGCAGGGCGAAGAAGAUCAGUGAACCUGUUUUUGUGGAAGGGCGGCUGCGCCCUGUCAAGAGCGCCUGGCAUCGGGUCGAGGAAGACCGCCAGUAUCGAUAUACCUACUUUAACGAGGAGUUUGAGAGCACCAUUCAUGCCGAAACGAUAUCCGAGCUCGUACAGCCUGGCGGCUCUUUCCGUGAAUUGUUCAUCCCAGACCCGCCCGAGCUCAUUGACUCGAGCAGCAGCGAGGAUGAGGAUCGCACGGGUGCAAGUCAGACGCUGGACAAUCCGAGCUCCAUACAUAGUCCCAAGAGUGCCAAUGGAAUCGCAGGGCACCCGGCGGUGUCAAAUCUCUCCGAGGCGGUGAGGUCGAGGUUGGAUCUUGACAAGGAAUACAGAAGAGCUUCAAACUCACCAUCGCCACAGAAAAAGACACCACCAACGCGCGCCCCCAAGCCAAAGAAGUACGGCCCUCGACCUACAUUCUGGCUUGACGUCACGUCCCCAACCGAACAAGAAAUGCGUGUGCUUUGCAAGACGUUUGGGAUCCAUGCACUCACCGCGGAAGACAUCAUGAUGCAAGAAGCACGGGAGAAGGUCGAAUUGUUCCGCAACUACUACUUCAUCAACUACAGGACUUUUGAGCAGGACACUCAGAGUGAAGACUAUCUCGAGCCAAUCAACAUGUACAUGUGUGUCUUCCGCCAUGGCAUUCUGACGUUCCACUUCUCUCAGAUCCCGCAUCCCGCCAACGUGCGACGCAGGAUCCGGCAGCUGUCGGACUACUUAAUCCUCAGUGCGGACUGGAUCUCGUACGCCAUCAUUGACGAUAUCACCGAUGUGUACCAGCCUUUGAUUACGGGGAUUGAAGAAGAAGUCGAUGUCAUUGACGACCAGAUUCUGAAGUCGUUUCAGAACACCGAUGAGCUUGCUGGCGACCAUGGUGUCAAGAAGCAUGACAAGGACAAGGACAAGGAGAAGGACGAGCCGGAGAUCAGUGGUAUCGACAUGCUGCUGAGAAUCGGGGAAUGCCGCAAGAAGGUCAUGACUCUCUACAGGCUGUUGGGCACCAAGGCCGAUGUCAUCAAGGUUUUUGCGAAGCGUUGCAAUGAGCAGUGGGAAGUGGCGCCCAAAUCUGAAAUUGGCCUGUACCUGGGUGAUAUUCAAGACCAUAUCUUAACCAUGACUGGAAACCUGUCGCAUUACGAGACUCUUUUGUCGAGGGCGCACGGAAACUAUCUCGCUCAAGUUAGCAUUCACAUGAAUGAAAGACAGGAGAGGACCUCGGACGUGCUAGGCAAGCUGACAGUGCUGGGUACCAUUGUUCUGCCCAUGAACAUCGUGACAGGUAUGUUUGGCGGCAAUUUUAAAGUUCCAGGUCAAGACGUCGACAAUCUCAACUGGUUCUGGGGUACUACUGCGGCUCUGGCAGUGUUUGGGCUGCUUUGCUUCUUUUAUUGCAAGAAAGUCUUCAAAAUCGUCUGA